GCGGCGCGACGCGCCGGAGGUCAGCGGGAUGGCGGCCGCGCUGGCUCCGGCUCUUCAGCGCUCGCUGGGGCCGCGCCGGGCCCUCUGCUGCGGGGCGGGUCUCCGGGAGAGAUGGGCUCUGCCCGCCGCGGGGGGUUCCCUCCGGCUCUGCAGCACGCGGGUGAGGCUGGAGGGCAUCAACAGGUCCGUCGUGGACCGCAUCAUCCGGGUGGACCACGCCGGGGAGUACGGGGCGAACCGCAUUUACGCGGGGCAGAUGGCAGUGCUGGGCAGGUCAAGUGUGGGACCGGUUAUCCAGCAAAUGUGGAAUCAAGAAAAAGACCAUCUGAAAAAGUUCAGUGAGCUGAUGGUUACAUACAGAGUCCGACCAACUGCUUUGCUGCCCCUUUGGAAUGUAGCAGGUUUUGUUCUAGGGGCUGGAAGUGCUUUGCUUGGCAGGAAAGGUGCAAUGGCCUGCACAGUGGCAGUGGAAGAGAGUAUAUCCAAUCACUACAACAGCCAGAUCCGAACUCUUAUGACAGAAGAUCCAGAAAAGUAUAAAGAAUUAUUGCAGAUGAUAAAGCAAUUUCGGGACGAUGAACUGGAGCACCAUGACAUUGGGCUUGAGCACGAUGCAGAAGCAGCACCAGCUUAUUCAGUUCUGAAGACAGCCAUACAACUGGGAUGCAAAGCUGCAAUAUUUCUAUCAGAAAGAAUUUAGUGAUAUUUUCUAUGAUGUUUGUGGCAAUACACUGUGACACAAAAGUCCUUGGAAAUUACAGAAGACUAAUACUUACUCUAUUCAGCCUUUUAAAGUGUUCUUCACUGAACACCUGGUUCAUCCAGCCUUUUCCACAUGGAGUACCUGCUCCAAAAGUGUCUCUUGCUCACUUGAGCUGAAUGUGAAUAAAGAUGGCAGAAUUGGG